CUUGCAGAGAUGGAGAUGGACAGGGGCUUGUGAGAGAGACGAGCGCGAAAGGAAACAGAGGGAGAUCGCGGCUUAUAUGCCAGUGUCAUUAAGUAACAAUGCAAGGCAAACAAACGGCUGGGAUGCGGACAAACGGAAAAUAACCAAAUAGACAGAUUAAUACAUUUAAAUUAUUGCACUGGAGCAUAAUAUAAGUCCACCUACCGAUCCGAAGACGCUCUGGAUCUUACCCUCAGAGUGCACAGGAUACCGGUUUCUCAUCCUGAGAAGUACUUAGUUGUAGGACCAGCUCUCUCUCUCAAGCGCUGCAGCCACAAAACAUUUGGCACUGUGGAGGCUGCCGGUGCCACGGAGCAGCGAAGCCGCUAAUGAAGCGCGAGAGAGAGGGCAGCCGUUCAUCCAGAGGUCACGCUAAUGGACCGCGGGCUGGCGACUCAAGCGUGCUGCUGGCUGAGUGCACACAGGCGGAUGUAGACGCCAGAGUUCAUAAUGGGAACCUGGAAACUCUGUCGCAGUACAGCACACAAAGAAAUGACACGAAACAUCUCCCUGGACUCGAUGUCACGGGCCACCAUGCCGGUCCUCAAUCUUUCUGAGUAGAUCACUGCCACUACCCACCCCCCUCCCCACACCCCCAUACAAGCUGGCCAGCCCAACAUCCCCCAGCACGUCCAAUCACGUUCCCAGUACCGGACAGCCCUGCCCCAGUUACCCUCUGCAAGCCGUGAGCUUCAUGGGAACAGUGCGGGUAAACAGGUACAGCACCGUGUCACCUGACGAGGAAGGCGACAGCUCCCUGAGCCGACAGCAGCACCCCCUGAGCAUGGAGCCCUCGGGGGGAGGAGGACGGGGAGGGCGGCUUGGAGGGGCCGCAGGAGCCCUGGCGGUGCAAGAGAGCGACAGCAGCUACAACGGGCGCAAGAUCAGCACCAUGGGCUCGGGGCGCCUACGGAGCCGGUUUGUGAAGAAGAACGGGCAGUGUAACGUGGUCUUCAACAACAUGGAGGACAAACCCCGCCGCUAUCUAGCAGACAUCUUCACCACAUGUGUCGACAUCCGCUGGAGGUACAUGCUGAUGAUCUUCACCGCAACUUUUCUGAUCUCCUGGCUGCUCUUUGGUCUGAUCUUCUGGGGGGUAGCCUUAGCCCACGGGGACUUUGACCCGCACCCAGGCUCCUUCUCACCAGGAGGAGUUGGCAGCAGGUCUGGAGGUGGUUCAGGACAACCGUGGAAGCCGUGCAUACUUCACGUGAACAAUUUCCUGGGGGCCUUCCUGUUCUCCAUCGAGACACAGACCACCAUUGGAUACGGGUUCCGCUGCGUGACUGAGGAGUGUCCUGCUGCCGUGGCAACCGUGGUGGUCCAGUCAAUCGUGGGCUGCAUCAUCGACUCGUUCAUGAUCGGCACCAUCAUGGCUAAGAUGGUGCGGCCCAAGAAGAGGGCCCAGACGCUGCUGUUCUCUCACAAUGCUGUCGUUGCUCUCAGGGAUGGAAAACUGUGUCUAAUGUGGCGUUUGGGCAACCUGAGGAAGAGUCACAUCGUGGAGGCCCAUGUGAGGGCCCAGCUCAUCAGACCCUAUGUCACAGCAGAAGGGGAAUAUAUCCCUCUGGAGCAAACAGACAUCAACGUGGGCUAUGAUGAGGGUCUGGAUAGACUCUUCUUGGUGGCUCCACUGGUCAUCGUCCACGAAAUUGAUGAACAGAGUCCAUUAUAUAACAUGAGCAGAGCUGAUCUGGAGAAAGAGGACUUUGAGAUUGUGGUGAUUCUGGAGGGAAUGGUGGAGGCCACAGCUAUGACUACCCAAGCACGGAGCUCAUACCUGGCCCGGGAGAUUCUCUGGGGCCACAGGUUUGAGCCGGUGGUGUUCGAGAAGCAAGACCGCUACCAGGUAGACUAUUCUCGCUUCCACACGACCUACAAGGUCCCCUCCACACCCAACUGCAGCGCCAGGAAACUCAAAGAGAUGGUCAGCAGGUCAUCUUCCGCAACCUCCCGCUCCAUGUCGCCUGCGAGCCCCAAGACCUCCCAUCGCCUCAUGCCCCCUCACUCCCCCAGCGCCUUCUGUUAUGAGAACGAGGUCGCUUUGCACUGCGGGGAGGAAGAAGACGAAGCGGAUGGGCUCAGGGAGCGAGAUGGAGGAGAAGGGGAGGAGCGGACAGUCCCUGUAGAUUUCCAGGAGAGGUACCAAGAACAACCAAGCGAAAUGUUGUGCGUCAUGGACAUGGAGAAUCAAAUAGGAUUUAAGAUGCUGCCUCUUGACCCACUGAGCUUCAGGAGGGAGUCUGAAAUCUGAGAAGAGGAGAUAAUGAAAGCUUCUGCCC